UUAAGGUGAAUCAGUUUCACGCUAGUCUUUCCAUCUUGAUGGUUGUUUAUGGUUUGUCUUUAAUGUAUAUUUAAUCUUUUCAUCAUUAGCUGAUUGAAUUUCGUUCUUGCUUCUGUUCGACUAGAUAUUGUUAACCAUUGUUUUUGGUUAAAGGAUUGUGGUAAAACAUCUAUCAUUUGAAGAUCUAUACUCCAAUUGACCAUUUCAACAAUUCUAAUCGGAACAUGAGGUGAUAUUUAUGGAACACAUUUAAUAGUAAAUAUUCUCAACUUCGUGGUUACUCCGAGGUUUAACCUAAUCACACUAGUGUUACCAAUACAAGUUAUUUAUUAUCAAUUUGCUCGUAUAUUUUGGUAUUUCAAUUUAAAUGGAGAAUGGAAGCAGAGUGUCACCAACUCCUCGGAGUCAAACAAUCCGAGAUGUAUACAAAUGUGGAUUUCUCAAAUAUUUUAGUAAUGUUCCUAAAGGUUGUAAAGUAACACAGGUUCCUGUUAAAUAUUGGGUUACUUUUGCUAUCAUGAAUGAGGUUGACCCGUUUCUUGAGCUGUAUAGUGAAAAACCUUCAAGUGUUAUAGCUAAACCAACCUAUUGUUAUUCACUGAAAGGCUGUUUACAUCUAUGUCCUGCAAUUGUGAUUGAUGAAAAAGAAAACUGCUUUGAGUUCUCAAUAACACUAGAAAGUCAACUCAUUCGUCUGGUGGCUCCAACUCGUCAAUCAAUGGAUGAAUGGAUUGAUUGUAUAAAAACAAAAUUGAAACAGAUGAAUAUAAUUGGUCCUCAAGAUAAUUAUUACACUAAAGAACCUAAUUUCACUCUUAAGCCUAGAUCAAGUAAUCAAAGUUCACGACCUUUACCACCAAUCCCUCCUUCACCUAAUGAGCAUUCACAACUUCAAGCUCCUAUUACACCGCCUAGAGCUUUAACACCUACUUCAUCAUCUUUGUCAAUAAACAAUGGAUCUUCAGUCAAUCUAAGAUCCUCGACAACAAGCCUCAAUCAAUCUCUUCCAUCGACACCGCCACCGCCACCACCUCCUCCCAGGUCAGCAAUCAAUUCUUCUGGCCAAUCAUUCACAGCAACGCAAUCUCUUUAUGGUGAUAUUCCGGAUGAAGUGCAAAUAAAUUAUGAACCAAUCUUUGGUCCUGUUGCCAAUCAAUCAUCUGGACUAUCAUUUCGAAAUUCAGUUUUACCUCAUGAAGAAGGGCCUCCUCCUUAUGAAGAUGUUGAAAAUUCAAGGGUUAUGGGUAGCAAUAGUUUUGGUCAAAUAGAUCAAUUAACGUCUGAUUGUACUUUAUUAUCUCUUCGUGAAUCACAAAUUUUACGUCUUCAAAAAGAGAUUGCUCAUAAAGAUGGUGUUAAAGUAAUGGUUCGUAAAAAAGAUUGCAACGAAUCAAUCGCCUUAGUAGAUUGGUUGGGUAAAGUUUGGAUUGCUGGAUGGAAACAGAAAAUGUAUCCUCAACUGCAUAAUACCUUUCACAUUGGUGACUGUUUAAUUAGUGUUUGUGGUGAAAGAGUUUAUGAUUCAUGUCAAGUUCUUCGGCUCAUGAAAACUCAACCCUUAAUCGUUGAGAUAAUAUUGAGUCGUGUUCCUUAUGGUUUCGUUUUUGUUCUUAAACGAGACUUUGAGGGGCAAGAUUUAGGAAUUGUUCGUGAUGGGAAUACUGCCGAAGUAAUCCAAGUGAUUCCUGAUGGUCUUGCUGCAAGCAAUGGAUUAACCGAUAGAGCACCUUGCGUCGAUCAAACCAAAGGUAAAGAUUGCAAUUGGGUUAUCACUGAAAUCAACAAUAGGCCAUUAAAUUUAUUUUUCAAAGGAAGUGAAAUACGUGAUCGAUUGAAUGCCGUUGGUAAAGAUAUUUCACUUUUAUUUCAACCCUCUGAUUUAGUCAAGGUUCUCAAAAAACGACUUAAAUCUUUCAAAAAUUAUAAAGAUUAUAUCGUUCAAUAACACAUCUUGCCUUCAAAAAUUUUUUCGUUACGCUUGGCUUCUUUUUCUCUCUCAAUUACCCGUCUUUCACUGUUGUCUUCACCACCUGCAUUAACGCCAUCAUUACCUCCAUGAUCAUCACCAUCAAACUCAUGUCUCCGCUAUCUCAGGAACACUUAAAGAAAUCAUCCAAGAAAUUAACAUCUGCUCGUCAUGAAUUGUUUACUGAACUCAUCGAUGGAUCUGAAGCACUUUUCCCGAAAAAAUUGACUCAUUUUGAAUCAUCAACUCUACUUAAUGCUUAAAAUUCUUGCAAUUUCAACUAACUUAUAUUCUUAUACAAAAAGUUCACCCAAAUAGAGUGACCAAGACUCAGGAUCAUCAUCUAGACCAAAAAUCUUAGUGAAAUUUGCAUAAUUUCUGAAAUCCUCAUUGCUGAGCUAAACUCAUAUCAAAUUAAUUAUUUCGCCUUUUUGGAAAUUUUCAAAUUUUUUGAACAUCAAAUUUUUCAAAUCAUUAUUCAGUUUAGAUACAAAACAAAAACUGAUAAGAAACAACUUUACAGAUGAAGAAAACAAAUAUAACAAGGAAAACGAAUUUAAUGUAAUAUUAAUGAUAUACCUUGCCCUGUCAAAAUGGACAUUCCAAAAGAUAUCAUGAUUUUUGAAGGUUGUAAAAGAAAAAGCAACUUAAGACAAAUUAUUUAUACGAUUUCAUUGUAACAAUUUAAACCAAAAAUGACUUGACAAUCUCUAUUAAGAUUGAUAGCUGUGACAAAUUUUAUUCAUACAAGACAAUACAAUUUCCUUAGAAACUCAGUCUUGUUUAUCUUGAAUGGAAUGCCUUGUGAAACUUAAUAUAACUUUUUUUUUGUUAAAAAUAGAUUCUCAUUGUCCAAAAAAUAAAAAAACAAUUAAAAAA